AUGAAAGAUCCCGGAGUUCAACACCCCAUCCUUUUUCUUCUUCUCUCAGUCAUUUAUCACGUCCACCAGCUUCUUCUCCUCGUCCGUCUCUCCGCCAGUGCUCUAGCGCAUAACCUCGAUCCCUUCAAAGCGGCAAACAGGUUUCCAAGCCCUCCAUCGUCUUUAUUCCCUUCUACAACAAUGGCCGACUCCGGAGAGGCCCCCGCGGCUGUCGAGCACCUCAACAUCAAGGUGACCGACAACAACAAUGAAGUGUUCUUCAAGAUCAAGCGCACAACCCAGUUGAAGAAGUUGAUGGACGCGUUCUGCGAAAGGCAAGGAAAGCAGCCAUCUACGGUCCGCUUCCUUUUCGAUGGCACCCGUGUGCGCCCUGAAGAUACACCCGAUACUCUCGAGAUGGCCGAUGGGGACACUCUUGAAGUGCACCAGGAACAAAUCGGUGGCUAG